UGUAUUUGUUCCUGUCUACAGGAAUUCAAGCUACGAUGGCAUCCCAAUACCAUGGGCAUGAAAACCAACAGCGCACUGGUUCACAACUGAGAAUUGUCUUAGUGGGUAAAACAGGAGCAGGAAAAAGUGCAACAGGGAACAGCAUCCUUGGAGAGAAAGCAUUUGUUUCUGCCACUGAGCCAACAUCUGUCACCAAGAACUGUCAGAAAAUGAGCAGCACGUGGAAUGAAAAAGAAAUUGUUGUUGUUGAUACACCUGGCAUGUUUGACACUGAGGUGCAUGAUGAUAUUACAUGCAAAGAGAUCUCUCGCUGCAUUCUCCUGAGCUCCCCAGGGCCUCAUGUUGUGGUUCUGGUGGUCCCACUGAGCAGUUACUCUAGGGAAGAUCAGAAGGCCACUGAGAAGAUUCUGAAAAUGUUUGGAGACAGAGCCAGAAGAUUCAUGAUUCUCUUAUUCACCAGGAAAGAUGACUUGGGUGGCACUGAUAUCCACGAUUACUUAAGCACAGCUCCCAAAGCAAUUCAAGAAUUGGUGGAUAAGUUUGGUCAUCGCUACUGUGCGUUCAACAAUAAAGCAACAAAGGCUGAGCAGGAUAUCCAGAGAGCACAGUUUCUGGACCUGAUGCAGCGUGUGGUCAGAGAGAAUAAAGGAGAAUGCUAUACCAAUAAAAUAUACCAAAAGGCAGAGGAGGAGAUUCAGACGCAAACCCAAGUGGUGCAAGAACUAUUCAGAACAGAGCUAGAGAUAGAGAAAAAACGCAUACAAGAGAAAUAUGAAGGAAUGAUCAAAAACCUGGAAAACCAAUUGGAGCAGGAGAAAAAAAAGGUGCAAAUGAACCAAGAAUUGGCAGAAGCGGAGGCUUUGUAUACUUCCAGGUGCCAAAAUGCCAGAAGCAAUCUUGAGCAGCAGAAUGGUUUCCUUGAAAUUAUCAUCAGAAUGUUGAGGCUUGCUUGUAUUAUCAUCUCAUAUGUGUUUAUGGAUGACUAAAGCUAAUGAAGAAUAUGAUUGAAUUUUCUGCAUAUUGUUUGGAAACCCUGGCCUGUGAGACUCAACUUUCUGUCUCAGGACUACAGAGUGUAGUAAAGUUCACCAAUGACAGGGAAGGUGCUUGAUUGGUUUUACAGAAGGACAAAUUCUUAAUCUGUCGAUUUCAAAGCAGAAAGUACCGCUAUUCACUGCUCCAUCAGCUCCUCCUUAGAGACAUAAGGAAAAGGAAUACAUGAGACGUAAGAUGACUCCAAGCUUUAUCCAGAAAACACCAGGAAAUUAUUCUUUUCUGAAUUGCUUUUAGAUUCGCUGACAGCAUCCUCCAUGCCUCUUUCAGCUUCCACCCACUGCUUUUUGCCUUCAGGAUCAUGAUGUUAAUCUUACUCCCAUGAUAUUUUACAAAAAUCAGUUCUUGACAAUAGGUAAUGUUACAGAUCAAGAUGCUUGCACAAUUCUUCUUAAAUAAAUUUCAACCUGUUCAAUUACAUUUUUACCACCAUUUUAUUAUUAUCUUCCCACUGAAGAUAAAUAUUUGUCUGGAAAAGAGGUCUUUCAUAACUGAACUACUUAAUAUUCUUCAAAAGCCAAAAAAGAGUGAAAGAAUUUCAACAGAAGACAAUGUUUGGUUUAUUCAGAUGUGUCUGCCUGAACUUUUUGCUCUUUUAACCAAAUGAUGAACAAUCAGUUUUCUCCCUUUCUUAAGGAACAAAUUGCCUGUUGCUACUCCACAUUUAUCACCCUAAACAUUUCUUGCUUUCUGUUUCAUAUCCAUGCUCCUUUCCCACCCAGUUUAAUCGUUUGUUUAUUUUUGCAGUAAAG